CCUUGUCCCACCGCCGCCGCAGCCCUGUCCUGGCUGCGGCGCCGAGGCCCGAAUCUCCCCACCUCGACCCGGCACCGCCUCCUCCGCACCCGCACCGUGCGCGCGUUCGACCCAGGGCAGGACAAGGUCAGGCGCGUCGGCGCGACGACGCUGCUGCCCCCCGGCGCUCGCCUGCUGGUCCCCCGCUCCGAGCUUGGAUGGGGAUCCGGUGAGGGGUGUGUGUCACACCGGGGCGACGCCAAGCAGGAACGGCCAGACCCCAAGCAGGAACGGCCAGACCCCAAGCAGCACCUCGAGCGAGGCCCCGCACGCCCCUCGGCCCCCGCGGCCCCCCGCGCCCUGCUGGCGGCGCUGGGCCGCGCCAUUCUGCACGUCGACCCACGCUUCGUGGCCGUGAACAAGCCCGCGGGCUUGGCCACGCAGGGCGGCCCCGGCAUCCGCUGGUGCCUGGCCGACCUCGCGCGCGCGCCCGGCGUGCUGGGCCCCCAGCCGGCGCUGCCGUUUGACCCCGGUGAGCUGCGCCUGGUGCACCGCCUCGACCGCGGGACCAGCGGCGUGGUGCUGCUGGCCCGGGGUCAGACGGCGGCCGCCUGGCUCAGCCGCGCCAUGGCGGCGGGGGCGGCCAAGGCGCGGGGCGCGGAGGGGGGCCGGGCCGAGGCGCGGAGGGGUGAGGCCGGCCCCAGACACACGCGCGCCCCUCCACCCCCGCCUGCCCCCGCUUUGACGGUCGAGAAGCGGUACCUGGCGGCGGUGGCGGUCGGCGCGCCGGACCUGCCGUGCCCGGAAGCGAGACCCGCAGACCGCGCGGCGCUGUUCGCCGCCGGCGCCGCGCCGCGCGUGCUGCGCCUGCCCGUGCGCCGCGGCGGCGAGGAGAGCGCGGCGGAGAGCGUCGUGCGCGUGCUGGAGCUGGACCGUGGCGCCGGGGUCGCGCUGCUGGACGCCCGCCCGGUCACCGGCCGGCAGCACCAGCUGCGCCAGCACUGCGCGCGCGCGCUGGGCGCUCCCAUCCUGGGCGACCGCCGGUACGGCGCCAGGGCGGGCGCCCAGCAGCGCGGCCCGCUCUUCCUGCACUGCGCGGCUGUGCGCGUGCGAGUGUCUGACGAGCCCGAGGUGUGCGUCGCGGCGCCCCCGCCGCCGCACUGGGAGGAGCUGGCGCGGGCGCGGGGCUGGCGGCUG